CCAGUCGAUCUGUACGCCACUGUGCGUGCGUGGGAAAGAAAAGGCCGGUGCGCACAGACCUUGUGCACAGACCAGCACAUACGCUCAUGCACAACACGUACGAUCACGCCUGUAAAAGCAAAACCCUAUUGAAACGUAGCGAUCGCGAACCCUUUGCCGUACAACAUGUCUCACCGGCGUCGAGACGACAGCGACGAGGAGCUCGAGCGAGAGGAAGACGAGGAGGAGGCUCUGGACGAGGAGGACGGAAAGUGUGGCCGCAAGCGUCGGAGAUCUGAGUUCAUAGACGACGUGGCGGAGGAGGAUGAAGACGAGGAUGAGGAGGAGGAGGACGGUGAGUUUUACGACGGUGGUGGUGGUCGUCGAGGAGGCGACCGCCCCAAGAGGCGGGCAGGGUCUCUAUACAUCGACGAGUAUGCGAAGGUGGAUAGCGACGGGGAAGAAGACGAUGAUGAUGGCGGCGAAGAGGACUUCAUAGUAGAUCAUGUGACUGAUCUACAAGAUGAAGAUGACGUUAGAAGGAUGCACUGCCGCUCAUUGUCGCCAAGGGAGGAUGACCAAGAAGAUGUUGAAGCUCUUGAGAGAAGUAUUCAGGCAAGAUACGCCAGAUUGAGUCACACAGAAUAUGAUGAGGAGAGACAGGAGACAACAGAUGUAGAGCAACAAGCUCUUUUGCCAUCUGUUAGGGAUCCGAAGUUUUGGAUGGUGAAAUGUAAGACUGGUCAUGAGCGGGAGGCAGCUGUUUGCCUGAUGCAGAAGUAUCUUGAUGAAGGAUCUGAGUUGCAAAUUAGGUCAGCCAUAGCUCUUGACCAUCUCAAGGACUACAUAUAUGUUGAGGCAGACAAAGAAGCCCAUGUGAAGGAGGCUUGCAAGGGUAUGCGCUUAAUUCAUGGGAAUACUAAAAUAAUACUCGUUCCAAUCAAAGAAAUGACUGAUGUUGUCUCAGUGAAAAGCAAAGCAAUUGAUCUUUCCAGGGAUACUUGGGUCAGAGUGAAGAAAGGAGAUUAUAAAGGGGAUCUCGCUAAAGUUGUGGACGUGGAUAAUGUGCAGCAGAGAGUUACAGUAAAACUAAUCCCACGGAUUGACUUACAGGCCCUUGCAAAUAAAUUGGAAGAAAGGGAAGUCCCAAAAAAGAAGGGAUUUGUUCCACCUGCACGUUUUAUGAAUGUUGAUGAAGCUAGAGAAAUGCGUAUACGUGUGGAGCGUAGAUAUGACCCAAUGACCGGCGAUUACUUUGAGAAUAUAGGUGGCAUGAUGUUCAAGGAUGGUUUCCUUUAUAAAAAUGUCUCCAUCAAAUCAAUCAGCACUCAGAACAUACAACCAACUUUUGAUGAAUUCGAGAAAUUUCGGCAACCCGUCGAGCAUGGAGUUGGAGAUAUGGCUAGUUUGUCAACAGUGUUUGCAAACAGGAAGAAAUGCCAUUUUAUGAAGGGUGAUCAAGUUAUUAUUGUGAAGGGAGAUCUCAAAAAUUUGAAGGGAUGGGUUGAGAAAGUUGAUGAAGACAAUGUCCACAUCAGAUCAAAUGCGGAGGGCCUCCCCAAAACUCUUGCUGUGAAUGAAAAGGAGCUUUGCAAGUACUUUGAACCUGGGAAUCAUGUGAAGGUUGUCUGUGGUGCUUCAGAAGGCGCAACUGGUAUGGUCAUAAAGGUCGAGGGGCAUGUAGUUAUCAUAGUGUCCGAUACAAAUAAAGAAGAUAUACGUGUCCUUGCGGAUAAUGUUGCAGAGAGCUCUGAGGUGACUUCUGGUGUUACCAGAACCGGGGGAUAUGAGCUUCACGAUCUUGUGGUUGGUAGAUCAUGUGGGAACGGCAAAAGAAAUGGUGGUACACUGGCUUCAAGAUUUUCUCAUCUCAGAACUCCAACUCAUGUUCUGCAAUCCCUAGGGAAAUUUCCUAGAGGCGCUCCAAUGGACUCUGGAGCAAGGCAUAGAGGUGGUAGAGGACAUGAUCCAUUGGUCGGUACCACAGUAAAAGUUUGUCAGGGGCCUUUCAAGGGAUAUCGUGGACGCGUCGUUGAUUUUAAAGGCUCAUCUGUGAGGAUCGAGUUGGAGUCGAAAGUAGUAGCAGUUGAUCGUCAUCAUAUUUCUGAUAACACGGUUGUUUCGACUCCUUAUCGUAGUGGUACGGGUAGUGAGACCCCCAUGCAUCCUUCACGCACACCAUUGCAUCCAUAUAUGGCUCAGAUGAGAGAUCCUGGAGCAACUCCUAUUCAUGAUGGAAUGAGGACACCUAUGCGUGACAGAGCAUGGAAUCCGUACACACCAAUGAGUCCACCUAGGGAUAACUGGGAAAAUGCAAGCCCUGGUUCUUGGGGAACAAGUCCACAGUAUCAGCCUGGAAGUCCUUCAAGGAGAUAUGAGGCGCCUACUCCUGGUUCAGGUUGGGCCAACACUCCCAGCGACAUUUAUGGUGAGGCUGGAAUGCCAAGGGCAAAUGCCCUGAGCCCAUACCUGCCAUCCACUCCUGGUGGACAUCCGAUGACACCAAGUUCAGCUUCAUAUCUUCCUGACACUCCUGGUUGGCAACCAAUGACACCUGGAAGAAGUGGGUUGGAUGUAAUGUCUCCUGCAGCAGGUGGGGAUGAUGAAGAACUUUGGGCACUUCCAGACAUAUUGGUUAAUGUACGCAGGUCUGGUGAAGACACUGUCAUUGGAGUUGUUCGAGAUGUGCUUUCGGAUGGUUUAUGCAGGAUAAACCUUGGAUCAAGUGGCAACGGCGAUACAGUGAUUGCUCAUUCCAGUCAAAUAGAUUUAGUGGUACCAAGGAAAUCAGACAAAGUGAAGAUAAUGAGCGGUGCACUUCGGGGUUCUACCGGUAAGCUGAUAGGUGUUGAUGGUAGUGAUGGAAUUGUCAAGCAAGAUGCAACUUUUGAGGUUAUGAUAUUAGAAAUAAACAUUCUGGCCAAAGUAGCUCAAUCUUGAUAGACUACAUAGAUUAGGGGUUUUUCCUCUUUUGCAAAUCCCAAGUGCUCCUCACAAUUUCUGCUGUACAUGGUUUUUCUUUAACCAUAGAUGGGGCAGGGAAAGAAAGAGAGUUUUCUUGGCUUUAUAUUUUUUUCUCCUAUUUUGGGUGACUUCUCUAUUUCUCCUAAUAAUGAGAAUAAUCCCUUUUCGCUUU